GUCCUCAAUCGAUUCCCUCUUCUUUCCGCGCUGCGUUGGACGUCCUGGGCCAUGGAGAACGACAGUGUGAGGCCGAACACCUUGGCAGCCUUGGAGGCGGUCCCAAAGAUCUUGAGCAUCCACGAGGUGAAUCGGACAGCGCCGGCAUCUUCACCAGCCGCCACCCCUCGCUUUAGCUCGACGCCACCAUCCCCAGGCACACCUGUGAACCGCGUGAACUCCACCAAGCUUCUAGGGGAUGACAUUGUCCCCCUGGGCGACGAGCUGAGCCAUCGGUGCCCGGAGCCGAACCGAGCACCGCCCGCGCCGAACCGAGCGCCGCCCGCGGAAGAGGUGGAUUUCCUCUCCGAGUUCGAUCCCUUUCGCAGCGACGCGGCGGGAGCCGUCACGUCCACGGCGUCCGCGGCGGCUCCGGAUGUGGACCUGGGAGAGCUCUUUGCUGAGCUGGAUGAGAGGCCUCACGCCGACACAGCGUGCUCUGUGGAGCGUCCCCAGCGCUUGGUGGCAGAGCUGCCCAAAGAGCUCGAGGAUCCUUCGCCGAAAGCUCUGGCAGAACCACUGAAGGAGCAUCAAGAGCCCAAAGCCUCCCGCCUUGUGGCAGAGCUGAAUACGCUGAACGAAUCCGAAGUGGCGAAGCGCAAGCCGCGACACGAGCGGGGGCGGCGUUUGAAGGCCGAGCUGGCAAAGGGCUCUGGCUCGGGGGCGUUGCGGCCUUUGCCGGAUGGCUGCGAGCUGGACGCGCCGUCGAUCGACCUGGAGGUUCCGCGAGGGCGGCCCUGGUUGGAAGGAUCGCAUCGGCGAGGCCGAAGUCUUGAUGCCACCGUGCCUGUCUCCGACGCACUGGACCUGCAGCGGAGCAUCCCUCAGAACUGGGAAAUCUGUGAGCGUCCCGCCAGCUCCUCACAGGCCAGGAGCCGCAGCGCGGACCUCGUCAGGCCUGCUCCAGUUGAGUCAGAGGCAUUGCAGAAGCGGAGUGCUACAGCCCUGCAGGUCUGGCAGACUCCUCAGGUCUGGCAGUCUGUGCGAGAACGCGAGGUGCUGCAGAUCUUCCAACGCCUCAUGCAGCAGGGCGACCUCUACUUGUUGGACGCCCCGGGUCAGGCCUAUCUCAAGUACUGUGAUGCCAAUAGUCGGCAUGAAGAGGUCACCGGAAGCAAAUCAGGUGACGCCUUUCGUGGAAUGGCCCGAAGCUUAUCCUUGGCCGCAGACCGCAUAUGCUUUGAGUCCGGGGUGCCCGCCACCCGAGAGGAGCGGCUAGAUCUGGGCAUCGCGAUGUUGGAGUCUGCCAUUGCCCAUGGCUGUAGCCAACUGGGUCAGGCACGCAGUGAUCCGGCACUGGAGAACCUUCGGAGGUAUCGAUCCUCCCGCUUUGCAGCACUCAUGGAACAUGUGCCUGCCACCGGCCUUGAUGCUCUCGCAAUGACGGCGUCGGCUGGUGUGCAGCAAUUGGCAGCAGUGGCAGGGAUCCAACCUUUGAGCUUUGCGCCGGCCCCUCCCGCGGAGCUGCCGGUCGUCGCGCCCCCGGGGCCACCGCCCGAGCUGGCGCUGCAAGCACUGGAGACGGUGACCGACCUGCAACUGGUGGAGGCGCCGGUGGAGGUGAGCAGCGAGACGGCGAGUGAGGCGGAUCCGGAAGGCGAUGCGAGCGAGGAUGAGAGCGCCUCCAGUGAAGCCUCCAGCGAGUCCGCCAGUGAUGCCUCAGCUGGCGCGGGCGCCAGUGAUGCCUCAGCUGGCUCGGUCUCGGACGAGGGCUCAGGCUCCGAGGAGGACACCCCGAAAGGCGCUUGGGCUUCCUUGGUGGCUCUCUUUGGCUGGUGAGGCCGGUGAAAGACGCUGGUGAAGCAAUUCGUGCAUGUGAAAUGGUGGGAACCUGGAAGCAGCAUGAAGAGGUGU